AGAGAGUGCAGUGCGCGGUUUAUAAGCCAACAAGAAAAUGUGGGGAGUUCCCGGGAGUUCCUCAGUUUUGUGUUUCAAAAGUUUCGAAGCAUCAAACGAAACCGGGAGAAGUUUGAAGUGCUGCGUAUCGACUUCUCCAAAGCUGUUUUCGCUCGCACCUUAAAGCCAUGGCUAGUGGUCCGGGAUCCACAACGCCAAACCCAAAUUUCCUGUUCCACCCGUGUCGCACAAUAAGCGUGACCUUGGACAACGAGUCUGUUGCGGCUGAUGCGAUCGGUCUGCUCGCAGCAUCGUCUAGGUUCGGCCUCCUGUUUGCCGGCUGCACGCAAGGGGUGAAGAUCUACCGGCUGGAGGAUGUGCAGAACUGCGAUGCAGAGGAAGGCCCCGGCAGUAAGCAGCCGGCCGGCCACUGCCCGUUCCGCGCCCUGCCCACCACGGGGCCCACGCUGCUGGUGGCCCUGAGCGCGGACGACCUCACCCUGGCCGUGGGUGUGGCCAGGGACGGCAUGCCUGUCGUGGACAUGUACGAUGUGCGCGGGUUCGCACUGCAGGUCAUAGAGACGCGGCCCAUUGCGACGGUGCGACUCGGCUCCAAGCCUGGAGUGGGGCUGCGGGACUUCGCUUGGAACCCCGUGGUGUGCGAGAUGUUUGCGGCCUGCCUCACCGACGGCACCGUGGCCAACUACGAGCUUGCCGGGGAAGGACUGCGCAUCCUGGGCACCCUGCCCGCCACGGUGGGCGGCACGUGCCUGGCGUGGAGUCCCAAGGGCAAGCAGCUGGUGGUGGGCAAACAAAAUGGCGGCCUGAGCCAGUUCAAGCCUAACAUGGCAGAGGCCAAGGCCCUGACUCCGCCCACAAUCUUUGAGAACCCUGUCUCCGUGAUUAGCGUGGCCUGGCUCGCUCCAACCGUCUUCGCAGCAGUGUAUGCACCCUCGUCCCAAACAACGGACUCCCAAACGAGCUUCGUCAUCGUCGGCUUCUCGAAAACGUCGCCAGUCACAUACACCAAUUUCGGGGAGCCCUGCUUCAAGACUGGGGAUUUUCCGUCGGAGCGGUUUUGGCUUUACCACCUGCCUGAAUGGGGCAUUCUCGUCUGCAACUCGAGGAACUCUAUAGAGACGUCCGUGCUUGGCUGCAAGUCGGCCGACAAGAUGAAUUGGGAGCUCUGGGAACUGGACAGCCACGGCAGGGCCGAGGUUCCCCUGAAGAACAACGAGGAGGCCUUCCCACUGGGGCAGGCCAUUAUCUUCUCAGCCCAGAGGGAGAUCAUCGGCAAGCUGGAGAAGUGGCCCCCAAUGCCCAUCCUGGCCCUGAUGGCGACCAGUGGGGGCCUCUCCCCAUUCCACAUGAAGAACCUCACCAAGGAGGUCCCUUUGCUCGUCAAGCCCCCAGAGACCCUUGACCCGCAGGGACAGCGGAGGCCCAUGGCGAAUCCGCCGCAGCCUCAACAGCAGAGGCCAACUCAGGUCGUUCCUCCCGUUGCGAGCAGCGGUUUCCCUUCGCUGGGCCUGGGAGGUAGUGCCAUGGCAGCUCCUUUGACGAGCGUUGUCAGUUCGCUGCAGAGCAACGUCUCCAGCGUCAAUGUAGCACCGUUGCCGCAAUUUGGACCUCCAGGCACCAUGGCGACACCUGCAUUCUCCUUUUCGUCCCCUGUCGGUGCUCCAUCUACAACCGUAACUUCGUUCUCGAGUUCAAACUCAUUUAUGCCCCUUAAUCCAACGGCGUCGUCUGCUCCCGCUGCCGCACCCUCGACGAUUUUCUCGAUCCCUGCAUCGUCUGCAACAGCAUUCUCAUUUGGCUCAAGUGCCAACAGCGUCUUCUCGUUUGGAUCCAGCUCCAACAACGCCUUUUCGUUUGGCUCUACCACGGCAGCUUUGGCUCCCAAGACGACUUCAGUAAUGCAACCCACUGCUGUGGCUACAGUUGCGGCUCCUGUUCCGGCUUUCCCAGCGGCUCCUGGCACCAUGUCCACCCUAGCACCGUCUGCCCCAGGAUCGAACGCUGCUGCAACCAUGGCUACGACUUCGGCUUUACCGGUGCUCCCGGGAGCACCGAUCGCCACGACUACCGUUCCUGCAGUUCCAGCAAACACUGCGUUUGGAUUUGGAGGUGUGGCUCCGGCGCCAGUUACUUCGUCAAUGCCACCCGGAUUCAAAUUGGUUUCUAAGAGCGCUCUGGAAGUACCAGCGGCUGCGGCUCCGCCACCCGUAUUGAUGCCAGUUCAAGCGCCUCACGAGCCUGAAAGUCCACGGGUCGGCGAAGCUGGAGCAGUGGCUGAAACCAAGAGAAACUUGCACGACGUUGGUUCACAACCGGUGCCAUCUCUGGGAGACGGGGCGAGUCCCGCUCAGCAGCCCCAGAAGCAAGAACCUUCUAAGGAUGCCAUCAUGGCUGCAAUGAAAGACGAGAUCGCCGAGUUCGGGAGGGAGCUGGGAGCUUUCAAGGAGAAGGCGCGGUGCGCGUUUGUUCCGCCGGGCACAGAGGCCGAGAUGAGAGUGCUGAAGAGGGACGGCAUGGAGCUGGAAGGAGCCUGUGAAGAGCUCAAGAAAGGCGUGGAGAAGACGAAUGAGGAGGUGCACGCCCUGGGGGUGCUGGUGCUGGAGACGUUCGCCAUGCUGGAGGAAGGGCGCACCCAGGAGCUGCGGAACAGGGACCCCCGCUUCGCCGGCCUGCUGCGGGGCCGGGCCCUGGACCCCGGCACGGCUCAGCGGCUGGCCGAGGUGCGCCGGCUGCGUCAGUACCUGGAGGCCCAGCUGGCGGAGGUGCAUGCCCGCCUGGACCUUGACUGGCAGGAGCACCUGGCACGCCGGAAGAACAGGAAACUCUCGACGCUGCCGUCGGGAGAGGCCGUCUACAGGGCAGCCCUGAGCUGCCGCAAGGUGACCGCUGCCCUCUCUGCGGAGGUGGACUCCCUGGCCUCGAGAGUCAAGGGUCUCAAGCUGAGGGGCAGCAGGGGGCAGGCCCACGAGCGCCCCCGCUGGGCACAGGCCACGUCGGGCAGCCUGACCAGGGAAGACGAGGUGUCCGCCCUGGCAGACACGCUCCUGUCGGCCAACCUGUCAGUCGUUUCCUCGGAUGCCGAGCGCGUGCCGUCUAAGUCGCCCAAGACGAUGCUGUCUCCGGAGAAGCAGAGCCGCCUGGCCGAGUUCCUGAGUCAGCGCAGUCCCGUGCCUGUUCGGGCCCGCACCAUAGACAAGCUGUCAGAAUCCCGGCUGAUGUCCAGGCUUGCCGUGGUUUUGAACAGGUCCGUGGCCAAGGAACAGGAAAGAGAGGCACCAGCAAGGGCCCCCCAACAGGAGACAGGCCUGCCAACGUUGAUGCCAGCCCAAGCACCAGCCGCAACUUCGACGCUUGCGGUGAAACCUGCUCCCAUCCCAGAUGCAAAGGGCUUUGUGACGGCGGUGGCAACCCCAAAACCCCAGGAGGGCUUUGGCCCAGGGUUCCUCACCUCCACACCCCUGUCCCAACCCGAGCUGGUCAUGGGUGGCAUUGGCUCCGGCGUGCCGCCGGCGCGGACGGCGACUUCGGAUCAAGCGAAGAUGCCCGCCAGCCGGGUGAUUGAGGUGUCGCUGCAGCCGAGGCCCGACACCGGUGCACCCCCGCAGCUUCCGCCUGGCGUCACGCUGACUCCCUUGUCCACCACCGCGGCACCCCCUGAGAUCUCCGCCGCGGCCGUCACCAAUGUGGUGACAAAGCCCCUGGCCACGCGCACUGAGACCACCAUCACCAGCAAGGAAGCCGGAACUGCUGCGUUUCUUCCAACUAUGUCUCAACCGGAGUUCAAGUUCCAGCUCCCGGGCGUUGUUUCCAGUUUGUCUGCAACUACUGCCUCCUCGUCCCCUCUGACCUCCAUUCCGGUGUACUCGUUUGGGAUGCCGUCAAGUGCCCCGGUGUCGAGCACGGUGGCCCCCCCGGCCUCCUUCGGCUUCGUGAAGCCCACUGCGGGUGUCACGGUGCCAACGACCUUCAAGAUUGGCGAGCCAUCGACGGCCAAACCCGGAUUUGUGGUUGUCAAGCCCUCAACCACGGCUCCCGGCUUCGCGCCAUUGCCAGCAGCAGCGUCUGCGUCGUCUGCAUCGUCUGCUGCCAGAAAGCAGAUGGAGGAGGUGUUGAAGGGCAGUGGCGUCGGUGAAGCGAAGUACGAAGAAAUCACGCCUCCCAGCACGCCGCCUCCGGGUCACCCGGAUGAGGAAGAGGACUCUGUCGGGAGCAACGAGAAGGACUCGGACAGCCCAAACUCUUCACUCGUUGCCGGUUCGGCCACUGCUCCGGCACCUGCCCCAGUGUCCUCGGUCUUCUCCUUCGCGACCACCACGUCUGGUGCAACGGGUUUCCCAGUCUCCACGUCGGUUGGAUCGUCUUCCUUCAAGCUCAACUUUGGUCAAGGAACGGGAGCCAGCAAGUCUCUUUUUGGCAACGUGUCGGCGUCGACGCCGGGGACGACAACAUCGGCGGCGGCCUCCUUCAGCUUCACGGCCGCCCUCUCGGCGCAGAGGGAGAGCGCACCCACCGCCGUCGUCGCAUCCAAGGCAAAGGACGUUCCCACGGACAAGCCGCUUCCCGUGACCCCCGUGGCGACUUUGGGCCUCAACCUGAGCCCGUCGGGGCCCUCGGCCCUGAAGCCCCCCGUCACGUCGAGUGUCGGGACGAGAGCGUCGAGCGCCCAAGAGAGCGGCACCUCGCCCUUCCAGCCUGUGCCCGUCUUCGGAAGCCAGGCCGCUGAUGCCUCGAGCGCCGCAGCAACCGACGCGGUCGCAACGACGCACGCCACGGAGCAUCUCGCACCCCAGACUCAGCCGGUUGCCGCCAAGCCCAUUGCCACAGAAACCUUCGGCAAGGUGACAAGCUCCACGACAGCACCUGCUACAACAACGAUGGCACCCUCCGUCUUCACGAGCAUACCACCACAAACGUCUGCCGUGACCUCACCAGCAGCAGCGUCCACGGCAGACGUCGCCCCAAAAAUCACUGCGACAACCGACGGAAGUUCCGCCGUCACGAGCCCGGUCGUUGCAGGCCCAGCUGUUGCAAGCACUGCAUCGGUGUUUGGUCAGGGAUCAGGCUCCGUGUUUGCGACUGCAUCGAAAACUACACCUUUUGGACAGGCGUUAUCGCCUCCUGUACCGCAGCCUCAAGAAGCCACAUCCUUAGCCGGCCCGACUACUGUCGCUCCUGUCUUUAGCCAAGCUCAACCAGCGGUACCGUCUGCUUUGCCGUUCGGUCAGCAAUCCACGACUACAAUGCCAUCAUCGCUGUUUGGUUCAACGGCCGUCAGCAGUCCAACAACGGCUUUCGGGCAGGCAACGCCGUUUGGGCAGACGACGACUUCAGCAACGCCGGCUUCUUCCGUUCCGUCUCCGUUCGGCCAGGCACCCUCGUCUGCCGCCCCCGCUCCGCCCCUGUUCGGGCAGACGACGGCGGCGACGACAGCCACGACGACGACGGCCACCUCGGCAGCUGCGACUCCGUUCUGGAAGCCGGUCGCGUCCGCCGCCUCGCCAUUGUUCGGGGGCAGUGCAACGUCCACGGCGACGACACCGUUUGGAAUGGCGACGGGGGCAGCGCCGUCUGCUUUCGGGCAAGCAGGUGCAUUUUCGUUUGGGCAGUCUCCGGGAGCGGCCGUCAGUGCGUCGUCGCCAUUCGGCAACAUGAUGGCUGCUGUUCCCGCAAGCAGCGCAGGAACGUCGCUCUUCGGGCAGAAGACGUCAUUUGGAAUGGGUCAGACGUCCACUUCCUUGCUUGGGGGCAGCCAGGGACAACCGAGCCUCUUCUGUGGGCAGUCCACAGCUCCAGCAUUUGGACAGCCGCAGACGACUGGUGGCUUUGGUCAGCAACCCCAGGAUCAACAGGCAGCUGGCUCUGGCUCCGGUUUAUUUGCAACUAGUGGCCCCGGAUUCCUGAGUGGCUUGGGCAGCAAGCCAGCUUCCGACACGUCAAACAAAAAUGUCUUCGGAGGCUCGAGCUCUUUUGGAGCGUCGGGACAGGCUUCAGGCCUCUUUGGCAACCGAGGUGCUUCGAGCUUCGGCGCCUCUGCCUUUGGUGGCGGCACAGCGACUUCAGGAGGUGGUGCAUUCUCGGGUGGCGGCAGCUUCAGUCUCGGCGGUGGCGUCAGCGUGGCUCAGACAGGUUUUGGAGCCUUUCAGCAGCAGCAGACUCCUCCCAAGCCAGCGGCCUUUGGUGGUGCUCCUGCCUUUGGGGGCAGCCCGACGUUUGGAGGACCGCCGCAGUUUGGAGGCUCGCCGACGUUUGGGAGCAGUCCCGGUUUUGGAGCCUCCCCCUUUGGCGCCUCCCAGUCCCCUCAGCAGCAGCAGCAGCAGCUGCCUCAGGCACAGCAGCCCACGGGAUUCUCAGCGUUUGGCAACGUGGAGGGUCCAACUUUCGGAGCCUUGGCUGCCCAAGGAAGUCCCACUCAGCAGCAGCAGCAGCAGCCGCAGGGGACCCUGGGAUUUGGCAGUGCGUUCGGCUCCCCGCCGAGCUUUGGAGCAGCGCCUGGAUUUGGAGAUCAGAGCAGUGCACAGAAUUCCCCAUCAGCAUUCUCACAGUGGCGACAAUAAGUUGAUUCUUCAGCAGAAGCUUUUUAAGUUGGAGUAUUGUUUUUGGCAUGAGCUACUCCAGAUAUGAAUGUCAAUAAAGAUGCACUUUUUUACACUGUU